ACACAAGAGCCAAGAUUUUUACAACUAAGCAGUUUAAUUUAUCUAAACAUGUCACUUAACCACGACCCAAAUUUAACAUGGACAAUUACUUGUUAUUUUGUACAUUUGUCAGGUGAUAAGACAUGAAAGAAAUAAUAUAAACAAUUUAAUUGUAAAUAAGUGUAUAUAUGUGAUAAAAUUGUAUAAAUGGCCGAUAUACAGAAGAAGUUUUUGUGUCCUCGUUUAGUCGAUUAUUUAGCGAUUGUUGGUGCACGACCUACAUCACCAAAAAAUGCUAACAGUGCCUCACCUGCAGUUCAGCUUCCUGAACUGCUAAGGCGGUAUCCUGCUGAAGAUCACAAAGAUUUUCCACUUCCUUUAGACAUGGUAUACUUUUGUCAACCAGAAGGUUGCAUUUCAGUUGGACCAAAAAGAACAGCUUUGAGAGAUGCGACUUCAUUUGUAUUCACUUUAACUGAAAAAGAUUCAGGAAAAUGUCGUUACGGCAUAUGUGUAAAUUUCUACCGGGCAAUGGAUCGCCCUGGGACUAUGAGCGGGAGAAAAGAUUCUCAUCUAAGACGAGAAUCAUGGAGGAAAAGCAUGGAGAAAAGUUCAGAUUCGGCAUUCUCAAGCGACUAUAGAAGUAACUUGGCUCCAAGUGACUCUGAGAGGGAGAGUCGCCGUGAUUCAGAACCCUUUUCUCGCCUUGCUCCAGCUGAUAGUGAAAGUGGUGGUUCCCAUUCCCCCUCCCCUAGAGCCAGCAGAAAGAGACAGAGGAUUAGGAAUCACUCUUUAACGUCCUUAUGUCUUCUAACACAUCAUCCAUUUUUUUCAAUUUUUCGUGAAUGCCUUUUCAUUCUGAAACGGCUGAUUGAUGCUUGUAAUGAAAAUUCAUCUCCUAGAAGAGUAGGAGCUUCCAGGCAAGUUAAUAGUGUAUGGGGCAUACUCACCGGUAAAGGAGUUCUCGAUUCGACUGCGUCCGUGAUUCUUCAUGAUGUUAGAGAAAUAGAGACUUGGAUAUUACGCCUUUUGAGUGCUCCUGUGCCUGUUCCAGGAAAAACAAGAGUAGAGGUUGAAGUUUUGUCGCCUGGAGUUCAUCCACCUCUUACUUUUGCGCUUCCUGACCACACCCGCUUUUCUUUAGUGGACUUUCCACUUCACCUUCCUCUUGAGCUAUUAGGAGUCGACACUUGCCUUAAUGUAUUAUCCCUUAUCCUCUUAGAACAUAAGUUGGUGCUGCAAUCUAGAGAUUAUAAUGCACUGUCAAUGUCUGUGAUGGCUUUUAUUACUCUUAUUUAUCCCUUAGAGUAUAUGUUUCCUGUCAUACCUCUGUUACCAACAUGUAUGAGCUGUGCCGAGCAGUUGCUUCUUGCUCCAACGCCCUAUGUUAUUGGAAUACCAGCAAGCUUCUUGUUUUUCAAGAAAAACUUCAAGCUUCCAGAUGAUGUUUGGUUAAUUGACCUCGAUGCUAACAGAAUAACUCCUCCGUCUGGGUACAGUGAAGAAGUUCCACCAUUACCUGAACCAGAGGGUACUAUUUUGAAAAAUCAUCUGAGACAGGCUCUAAGCAGCUUAGGAGGACCAAGUUCUGGACCCACAAUCACAAUCAACACUGCCCAUGCUCCAACAACAACACCAAGAGAAUUAGGUCAUAUGUUGCGGAGGGAGAGUGUCAAUCCUAUUCUUCAAAAUCCUCAAUACCAGCAAGUGAAUUUGGGUUAUACCCCACAGCAAAGAGGUGAAAUACCACAUCAUCAUGGUCAUUUCCCACCUCAGAGUUUCAAUCCAUUUAUUUAUGGGAAUGAUGUGGAUUCUGUAGAUGUUGCAACUAGAGUGGCUAUGGUUAGAUUCUUUAACUCACAGAACCUGUUGGCUAACUUCACUGAGCAUACAAGAACCUUAAGGUUGUACCCAAGGCCAGUGGUUGCACUUCAAAUUAACAGCUUUCUUCGUUCAAGACCAAGAGUCACUCCUUUUCUGCAGAGGUUUGCGAGAACACAGGCUGUAGAAUUCCUUGCUGAAUGGAGCUUAACACCCUCAAAUGUAGCCUUUCUCCGUGUACAUACUGGUGUUUGCGAUCCAGCACAGAUUGGUGAUAAAGCCAAGUGGUUUGAUCACACUCUCGACCCAGUCCCCUUCAGUGUUUGGAACGAGGAUAGUUCGUUGGCUACUGCUCUCAAUUACCUACCUCAGCAAGAACAGCCUACAGAUGAAAGUGGAUCUGAUUCAGAUGGUGAUGAUAGCACUAGUUCAUCUUAUUCUUCUCUGAGUGAUUUUGUUUCAGAAAUAGUCUCAUCAGAUUUAUCACCAAAUACUGGAGCUAUUGGAUUUUCCAGUAGCGCUGAUAUGCAGGCAGUUUACCACCCUCCUUCUUGCCUUACAAUCCCCAGAGAGGGAAACAAUCAAGACUCCUCACCAUCACAUUCAAGAUCUCCACAAAGUCAGAUAUCAUCUUCUGAGUCAUCGAGUGAUGACAGUGAUGCAAGUCCUCAUGACAAUAAUGACAGGGAUGAAAGUGGUGGAGGUGAAUCUGAUUGGACUGGAAGAACUGUGGUAAGUCAGUCUACUCCUCCUUCUGAGCUACAGCAGAGGAAGCUUGUUAGAUCAACCACACCGGUUUCUAGUACCCAAACUAGUCCUCAAAGAAAAACCAGUUUAGGAGGACUGUUGGCUAGAGCGGGAAGUCUUAGUUCAAGUCCACCUCAAGGCUCUUUACUUGAUUCAUUUGCUUCACAUGCGAAGGAAUUGGUGAAAGAAACAAAAAGGCAAAGCAGUCAGGAAGGCUUAUUAGCUCAUGUAGACAAGUUGACUUUGACUGCCAAAAAAGCUGCUGGAGAAGCAAGCAAGACUGCUUUAGAAGCCAGUAAGCAAGCAGCUGGAGUUAGUAAAAAUACUUUUGAAGAUUUGACAUAUGUUAGCAAAAACACUUUUGGAGAUCUGACAAAGAGUGCUAAGCAGGUUGCUUCCAAAAAGGGUCUUCUUAAGGCAUUAGGGGAAUCCCGUGAAGCACCAUCUUCCCCUCCUCCAGCUGGUGGAAACUCUUUAGUCCAACCAGACAUUAGCAGAACUGCGGGAAGAGACUUUUUUUCAAAUAUAACAAGUGACCUUAACGGAAUAGCUGCUCAAACAACAAGCAUGUUUACGGAUCUUUUUGCAAGUCGAAGGGGACUAAUGGAUAGACCAAGUCUCAUUCGCCAUGCUAGUGUUCAAAGCAGAGAAGAUCUUCAGAGGCAAACGAGUGCAGAAAGAACCUCUACCAAUAGUGAAAAUCAAGCUUUCCUUAAACAGGUUGUUAGUCAAGUGUUAGAGGGUGAAGGAGUUGGCUGGUUAAAACUGAACAGACUUAAAAAAUUAAUGGAGGAUGAAAACUACCGAAACUUUGUUAUAAACAAACUGAACACUACUUCAGAUAAAAAAAUCAGUCCAGCUGAUCAUCUUGAUGAUGUCUGUGUAAAUAAAAAUGUUUGGAAAGGUAUGCUAAAAGUGAUUCAAGCUAUCGUGACUGGCUUAGAAGUUACCUAUGCUAACUAUGGACUUGGAGGAAUGGCUUCGGCUUUUCAAGUUUUGGAGAUUGCCCACACCCAUUAUUGGACUAAAGAUCUUACUGAUCCAGCUGGAUUGGACUCUGCAAUGCUUUCUCAAUCGCCCAGUCCUUAUGGAAGUAGAGAAAAUUUACAAUCCCCAUCGAGCCCAAGCUCACCAGUGCCUUCUAAUUUUGCUGAUUCAUCUCGAAAAUCUAGUCAGACAGGAGGAGAACAGAUGUAUAAUCCGCCACCUUCAUUUCGAUUAAUUCAGGACUCGAUGGAUGCUGGUGACAGUGCACCUACUCAAACAGCAACUGAAAUGUUCAAAGAUUUAUUUAAUCAAAAGCGGCAGAUGCUUCUAUCUAAAUUGUCUUCAGUAGACAUGGAGGGUGGGGAGGCGAGAAGAAGCAGCCCAGAAACUGGCUCUGAAGCUGGUAGCAUCAUCACAAAUCCAUCCUUCUUCAACCGUUCUCACAAGAACAACUCUUCUUUCAGGAGCACUGUUUCCGAUUCAGAAGUCGAACAAAGUAAUUUUCCGCAGAGAUCAAAGCUGCGCACACCAAGCGUAUGGUCAAGUAAAUCAUCGUUGAGUACAGGUUUCAGAUAUCAUGGUGGCAGCAUAGUUCCAUCAACAACACCAAGCCCUGAGUCUGGAAGGACCUAUUUAUUUGAAGGUCUCAUCGGAAAAGAAAGAUCUACAUUAUGGGAUCAAAUGCAAUUUUGGGAAGACGCAUUCUUAGAUGCUGUCAGUCAGGAAAGAGACAUGAUAGGAAUGGACCAGGGACCCACAGAAAUGAUGGAAAGGUAUAAGUGGUUGAGUGAAACUGAAAAGAAACGGCUUGAACAUGAAGAAGAUAGGUUACUUUCAACAAUGCUAUACAAUCUAACUGCAUUUAUGCUAAUGCUUAAUAUAAGUAAGAAUGAACUUAAACAGAAAAUCCGAAGGCUGCUUGGAAAAAGCCAUAUUGGUUUGGUAUAUAGUCAAGAAGUCAAUCUUCUUCUUGAUCAGAUUAAUAAUCUGCAAGGAAAUGAUAUAGAUCUGAAACCAGUGGCAUCAAGAUUAUCACAAAGGCAUACAUUCACUGUUCAUUCUGGAACUGAUUCAAGUGGAGAACUUCUUUUCAUGGAAGUGAGAGAAGAUGGAAUAGCUCUUCGUGGAGUAAACGGUGUUAUGCUGCAGCGAUGGUGGUAUGAACGUCUUGUAAAUGUUACUUAUUCACCAAAGACCAAAGUGCUAUGUUUGUGGAGAAAGAACUCUGGUCAGACUCAACUCCAUAAAUUUUAUACAAAAAAGUGCAAAGAUGUUUAUUACUGCAUAAAAGACUGCAUGGAGGGUCGAGGAGGAGGAAAGACGGGCGUUGAACCAGGAGGUGAAUUCCCUGUUGAAGAUUUGAGCUCUGGCGAAGGAGGUCUUCUCCAUGUUUGUAUGGAGGGUGUCGGCCUUCUGUUUGCCAACAGCAAGUUUUUCAUUCGCUUGGAGCACAUAAGGAAAUGUUUUACUCAAAAAGGAGGGAUAUUUAUCUUGGAGCAAUUCAACCCAAAAUCACGACAAGUUAUACAGCGAAAAUACAGGUCAUCAAUGGCUGCCAGUCUUAUUUUUAACAUUCACCGAGUAAUUUCUAUAGAGUACACAAAGCAGUUAGCUCGUGAUAUUUGAUGAACACCAUUUUAAUUUGUUUUAGCGGACCAAAUUUGCUAUUCCGUGUUAUGUGUCUUCUCUUACAUAGCCGCAGGUCAAGACAAGAAAACUCAGCGGAAGAAAGUACCACAAGCAUAAAUUUGUUGAUACUGUACAAAAAUGUUGCCAUAGUUUUGAAAAUUAUUGUACACAUUUUUUUAUGGUGAUAUAUUUCAUAAACUGAUGAUAUUUUAGGAAUAAUAUUGUUUUACAUAUAAAAUGUGAUUGACAAUAGUCCCUCUCUUGUAUAUUAAAAUGUUAAUAUUUAUAGUAUACUAGAAAUUAGGAAGCCAAAAUAUUUUUAAAGUUAUCACUAAUAAAAAAUUAAAUAAAAAAAAAUUGAUGAAUCUCUUUUAUAAGUAUAUAUAAAACAUGUUUAACAUAUAGAGAUAUGAUGAAAGCUUUAAAUAUAUAAGUUAUGAAUUUGUAAACUAUAGACAGUAGAUUCUCCCUUAUCUGGUGAUACUGGGACCUAUGAGGUAUGGGAUAAAGAAUAUACUGGAGAUUUUAAUUAAAACUAUAAACUGCAUAUUAGUAAUAUCAUAUAAAAAGUUGGUUGGUGUGUUAUUAGUGAUGUAUUUGGUUAAAAAAUAGUUAGUUUUUCAUUGAUUUUAUUACAAUAAUCCUGUGAGUAAGUCGUUUAUUUUAAUUAUGCAUAUUUCACUCCAGUAGUUCAAUGGCUGAUUACAUAGAUGUGUUAUUCAAAUAUUAACAUAGUUUUAAAUUUAAUUACAAUAAAACAGUUUAUUUUUUUUAUAAAUAAGAAAAAUAAAGGAAAAACAAACUUCUUAGAUAAAACAGUAACAUAUAACAAAAUAAACCUUGCCCUGUUAUUAAAGGCUGUCUCUAUUCCUGUUCUCUCACUGUUCCUCGGAUCCGCCUUCAGAAACUAUUCAAGGAACACCUGAUGUGAUUAAAACAAAGAACCUUAAAAAUAAAUUACAGAAUCAAACAAAUUUUUAACUAUAAAAAGAAUUACUGAAUCAGAUUGAUAAAAUCAGAUUUUCAAAUAAAAUUUUAUCAGAUUCAUAAAAUAAAAUUUACAUUAGUUUUAAUAUAAAGCUACCUUUAUCACAUGGCAUCCUCAAUUAAUCAAAUUACUUCUCAGUAAUUUGUCAUGACCAGUAUCAAUAAGAUAUAUAUUAUCGAAAAGAUCGAUUGCUUAUAUCGUAGUGUGUUCUGCAUUAAUCUAAAAUAAGAAGAAGAAAAACGAAGUAGUUAUAAAAAUCUCUUGCAGCCUUCUAAAUUCUGCCAUUCGAGGCAUGUGCACCCUUUGCAACCCCAUUAUUAUUUCCAUUCCUGAAUAGGAUUAUUGUAAUUCUUUUAUUGAGACACAAUUACUUGUAAAGAAUUAAAUUUAUAUAUUUUUUUUAUGGAACUUUGGAAAACCUAGAUACAAUGAAAUUUAACUAAAUUGACUACCCAUAUCUUCUAGUUUUUGUUAAUAAAUCAGAGACAUUUAUUUUGUCGAAGCAAUAUUGGUCUUUGUUGGAUCGCUGAAAUAAUUCUAUUAGUAUUAAGAUGCUUGAAUAAAAUAGAAGACUUUCACUGAACGCUUAGAAAUGUUUUUUCUACAGUUUCCUUAUAUGAAAAUAAUUUUUUUAAUGUUCAUUAAUAUAAAAUAUAUUAAUAAAUAAAACAGAUUCCAUAUUAUUUACUAAUUUGUAAAAUAUUAUUAACAAUAAAUGUGUAGUACCAGCUGUUGUAUAAAAUUCUAACUUUUUAUUUCAAAAUGUUAUCUUCUAAAAAUUGGAAUUUGUAAGCAUAAUUGUUUCUAACUUGGGCAUUUGUAUAGUCAAAUUUUACAGCAGGUUGGUAGAUACAGAUGCAAUGAGGGGGUGAUCAGCCAGGGUCACAGCCCAGGUAUCCAGGCACUCACUCCAAAGGGGAUUUGGCCAGGAAAAUAAAAUCUGGGACCUUUGGUUUCUCUCCAUGGUCCUAGGUAGACUAAUUUCAUAUACUUAUUGGUUGAGUUUGCCAUUAUCAACUCAUGGUAAAGGUUAUAGGAAUUUUCUUCCUCUUUCGGUACCAAUAAAGAGAUCACUAGAUAAGAGAGAGUUUUCUGUGAUUGCAUUCCAACCCCUAUGUAAGUGAUCCUUAAAUGUGCUAAAUAUUUGUUAUUUCUGUUUAAUUUAUUAUAAAUGUAAACAUAUUUCUAUGUGUUCAAACUAAAACCAUCGUUCUACACACCAAGGUUGUGCCUAUACCUUUAGUAUUUUAAGAUUCCUUAUCCUAAUAAUUACUGUUAUCAACUGCAAGUGUUAAAAAUUGCAAUUUCAUGGCUUCGAAAUUAACUUCACAUAAAUAUCUAUGCUAUCAUCAGGUAUAUCAUAAAUCAGUUUAUUUUUUUUCCAAACACAGUAUAUAUUCUCAAUAAAACAAAAUAAAAAAAUAUCUUUAAUUAAGAAUCUGAGACACAUUAACUGAAUAACUAUUUGAACCUUUUUUAACUGUUACAAGCUUACCUAUAUGUCUGAUGAUAUUAAUUGCAUUCUAAAAUUUUAGGAUAUAUACAUUCGCGCCAAGUGAUAUUUCAUAAUGAUAUUUAAAAUACAUUCCUAAGCAAUAUUAAUAAAAGCACUGUGCUAAUCCUGUGUAUUAUCCCAUAUAUGGUUUUGUAAUUAGUAGUUAAGUGUUAUGUGAUUUUUAUAGCGUGAUUUAUUAUGUCAUUCUGUUAUUAAUAAACUGUAUGUAAUCAAGAUAUUGUAAUAUUGUAUAUCAGAGUGGCAGUAUAUAUAUUUUCAAGUUGAUUAUGGUUUGUAAUGAACUUCCUAUAAUGUUACAUAUCAAAAUAAUAAAAUAUUGCAUAGUCC